AUGGGGGCAGUCGUGACUUACAAACAACCUCCCAUCCUGGCCUUCGUUAAGGCGUCCGUCCUGGUCUUUCUCCUGAGACUGGGCGGUCAGAAAAAGGCCGUGAGAUGGAGUAUCCACGGCUUGAACAUAUUUAAUGUCCUGCAUGCCGUUUCAGUCUUCUUUGUGGCACUUCUGCAGUGUCUGCCGAUCGAGGCAAACUGGGAUUUUGCGGUCAAAGCCAAUGCUGUUUGCGUCGCAAGGGAGUUCCACGUAAUCGCGAGUAUACUGACAAUUUUGACCGACUUUCUUGUCCUGGGUAUUCCUUUCUGGAUCUUCCUGGGGCUGAAGAUGCCCAUGGGGACAAAGGUGGCGCUUAUCGGCGUCUUCAUGGUUGGUCUCGUUGUUGUAAUCGUGGCCCCCAUUCGACUUGUCGAGAUCUGCAAGAUCUACUACGCUUCAAAACCGACCGACGACUUCUUCUACUCCAUCACAAUCGUAUACUCGACCAUCGAAGUCAACCUCGCAAUCAUCUCCGCAUCCGUCUCCGCCCUACGAUAUCUAGUCCGAAACUGGUUUCCCCAGCUCUUUGGGAGCUCAGCCAAGGGCAAAUACGACACGAGCGGACAAAUGUACUACGGCCAAGCCUCGCGCACUGGGGCUCGCACGACGGAUCACGUCGGACCCAAGGUCAUACGCAGUUCGCGCCAUCAUACCGAGAUUCGAAGCGAGUUCCCAACUAGAUCUGAGGAGGAGAUUACGACGUACAACGGUAUCAUUCGGACCAUGGACGUCCAUCAGUCUUAUUCACAGGCUGGUCCUACAACCACGAAUUCGCGAGACUCGGGCAGCUUCAACAUGAAGCAGCCAGUGACGACGCAGUCGAGCAGUUUAAAAGCCGUGUAA